AUGGCUUAUCACCAAAACCAACAACAUGACCCGUACGCAAAUGCGUAUCCCGACUACCCCCCUUCCCAGCCUCAAGCGCCUCAGCACCAAUACUCAUACGACAGCCACGCUCAGAACUGGGAGACCAAGUCCUACCACAGCGACUACACCGGCUCUCAAACCCACCUCAACCCCUACGGCAACGAGAUGAUGCAGGAGGCCGUUCCUCCCAUGCCCAACAUGCACUACCAAGGCCCCGGCGGGAACUACCCUCCGCAGCAACGCCCGGGCUACGCCCACUCCCAACACAGCGCGGCCGGGUACUCGGUCGCGCGCGAGAAGCUCAUGAAGCGUCGCUCCGUCCGCCAGAUCGAGCUCCAGGAUGGCAAUCUCGUCCUCGACAUGCCCGUGCCGUCGCACAUUGCUCCGAAGGGCAUGGACGCGCCGGAAGAAAUGACGAAGCUCCGCUACACUGCUGCCACCUGCGAUCCCGACGACUUCAUGCGUCAGAAGUACUGCCUCCGGCCCUACCUCCUCGGUCGCCGCACGGAGCUAUUCAUCGUGAUGACCAUGUACAACGAAGACGAGGUCCUCUUCUGCCGCACUAUGAACGCCGUCCUCAAGAACAUUGCGCACUUAUGCGGCAGGACCAAAUCCAAGACCUGGGGCCCGGAUGGCUGGAAGAAGGUCGUUGUCUGUGUCGUGUCCGACGGUCGUAGCAAGAUCAACAAGCGUACACUUCAAGUCCUCACGCUGAUGGGCUGCUACCAAGAAGGUGUUGCCAAAGACUCGAUCAUGGGCAAGGAUGUUACGGCACACAUAUUUGAGUAUACCUCCAGCGUCGUCGUGACUGACCGCGGUGAGGUCUCCCAGGGCGCCUGCCCCGUGCAGAUCGUCUUCUGUCUGAAGGAACAGAACAAGAAAAAACUCAACAGCCACCGUUGGUUUUUCAACGCCUUCGGACCUCUCAUCCAGCCGAACGUCUGCGUUCUCUUGGACGUCGGCACCAAGCCCACUGGCACUUCCAUCUAUGAACUGUGGAAGUGCUUCGACAAGCACUCUGGCGUUGGUGGCGCUUGUGGAGAGAUCUGUGUUGACACGGGCAAGUACUGCUCGCUGUUGCUGAAGAGUCCCCUCGCCGCUUCCCAGAACUUCGAGUACAAGAUGUCCAACAUUCUCGACAAGCCCCUGGAGAGUGUCUUUGGUUACAUCUCUGUACUUCCUGGUGCCUUCAGUGCGUACCGCUACAAAGCGCUCCAGAACGGCCCGGAUGGGACAGGUCCCCUUGCUUCGUACUUCAAGGGCGAGGCCAUGCACGGCGGCGGCAGCAGUGCGGGUCUCUUUGAGCGUAACAUGUACCUUGCGGAGGACCGUAUCCUGUGCUUUGAGAUUGUCACCAAGAAGCGCGAGGCCUGGACGCUCAAGUACGUCAAGAGCGCCAAGGCUGCGACUGAUGUGCCCACUACCGUCCCCGAAUUCAUCUCGCAGCGUCGUCGGUGGUUGAACGGAUCUCUCUUUGCGUCCGUUCACGCUACUGUGUUCUGGUUCCGUAUCUGGACUUCUGGUCAGGGCUUCUUCAGGAAGAUCAUUCUCCAGAUCGAGUUCGUGUACAACGCGGUUCAACUGCUUUUCACCUGGACCUCCUUGGCAAACUUCUACCUGGCUUUCUUCUUCCUCGUUUCCUCGGCGACUUCUGGCGGGACCGACGCCUUCAACUUCCUCGCAGAUGGUAUCGGCAAUGACAUCUUCGAGGUCUUCUUGAAGCUCUACCUCGGCCUCCUCUUCAUCGUCUUGGUCUGUUCGCUCGGUAACAGGCCGCAGGGUUCAAAGUGGACGUACUCGAUCUGUAUCCUGCUCUUCGGUUUUUGCAACAUCAUCACCCUAUGGUGUGCUGCGUAUACAGUGUACCUCGCCGUCCCACACUCUCUUGACGGCUGGAAGGACUUCCCCCACUUGGUCCAGACCAACGCGACGUUCCGUGACAUCGUCAUCUCCCUCGCUGCCACCUACGGUCUCUACUUCAUCGGCUCAUUCAUCCACUUCGAGCCCUGGCACAUGUUCACGUCGUUCCUUCAAUACAUGUUCUGGCUUCCCAGCUACGUCAACAUUCUCAUGAUGUAUGCCAUGUGCAACCUGCACGAUGUCACCUGGGGUACGAAGGGCGACAACGGCUCGGCGAAGGACCUUGGUGGAGCUAAGAAGGUCAAAGGCGAGGGUGGCAAGGACAUGCUUGAAGUUGAGCUCCCCACCGCACGUGAGGAUGUGGACCAGGUCUGGGCUGCAUCCCGUACUGCGCUCUCGUUCAAGCCCGCGGAGGAGAAGGAGCACCGUGACGCGGCGACGAAGCAGGCCGACCACGACCGCAACUCGCGUACAAACGUCGUUCUCGCGUGGGUCGGCACGAACAUUCUCAUGAUCCUUGUCUUCACGUCAACCGUGUUCACGAACUGGGUCAAGGAGCACGUCCAAUUCACGUCGGACGCGACGUUCAACCCCUACCUCACGUUCCUCUUCUACGCCCUAGCUGGAUUGUCUGCCAUCCGCUUCACGGGGUCCGUGCUGUACCUUCUCCUUCGUCUCAUCGGUUUCUAG